UGCGCACGCCCAGGAGUCGGGCUGAGCGGUGGCCGUGUGGGUCACAGGGUCAGGCUGGACGUGGCCUGCUCUCCCCGGCCGGCCCACUAUGGAGAUGGACGUGAAAAGUCACGAAAACAAGCGGGACGCCCCGGGGGCCUGCGCCACCACACCCGCUGACGACAUGGGUCUGUCUCCGCCAGGCCCUCGCGCUGAUGACUUUAGUUUAUUUCGUGGGUGUGGGCGGCUCUCGCAGGGGGUUUACGACGCUCGGGCCUCGCUGGACUCGCGGACUCGCCAAGGGCAGCCACGCAGGCCCGUGCAGGCGGCCUCGCCGUGUCCCCGCCUCACUCACCCCUGCCCGUCCCUCCCUGUCCCCCGGGUUGUGCCCGCUGCAGGCUCGGGUUCCAGCGCCGACCGCCGACAUGCGCCCUCCGCCCAGGAUCCGCUGCGCGCUGCUCCUGCUGCUGCCUUUGCUGUGCUCGGCCGGAGCCCAGGUCAACCCAGCCGUGUGCCGCUACCCGCUGGGCGUGUCCGGCGGCCAAAUCCCCGAUGAGGACAUCACGGCCUCCAGCCAGUGGUCGGACUCCACGGCCGCCAAGUAUGGCAGGCUGGACUCCGAGGAGGGUGACGGAGCCUGGUGCCCCGAGGUGCCCGUGGAGCCCCAGAACCUGAAGGAGUUCCUGCAGAUCGACCUCAGGGAGCUGCACUUCAUCACGCUGGUGGGCACCCAGGGCCGCCAUGCCGGCGGCCACGGCAUCGAGUUCGCUCCCAAGUACAAGAUCAACUACAGCCGCGACGGCUCGCGCUGGAUCUCCUGGCGGAACCGGCAGGGGAAGCAGGUGCUGGACGGGAACAGCAACCCCUACGACAUCUUCCUCAAGGACCUGGAGCCGCCCAUCGUGGCUCGCCUCGUGCGCUUCGUGCCCGUCACCGACCACUCCAUGAAUGUGUGCAUGAGGGUCGAGCUGUAUGGCUGCCUGUGGCUCGACGGCCUUGUCUCUUACAACGCGCCGGCCGGCCAGCAGCUCGUACUCCCCGGGGGCUCCGUCAUCUACCUGAACGACUCUGUCUACGACGGGGCCGUGGGGUACAGCAUGACCGAGGGCCUGGGCCAGCUCACGGACGGCGUGUCAGGGCUGGACGACUUCGCGCAGACGCACGAGUAUCACGCGUGGCCGGGCUACGACUACGUGGGCUGGCGCAAUGCGAGCGCGCAGGGCGGCUUCGUGGAGAUCACCUUCGAGUUCGACCGUGUGCGCAACUUCACGGCCAUGAAGGUCCACUGUAACAACAUGUUUGCCAAAGGCGUGAAGAUCUUCCGGGAGGUCCACUGCUUCUUCCGCUCGGACGCGGGCGAGUGGGAGCCCAACGCCGUGUCCUUCCCGCUUGUCCUGGACAGCGUGAACCCCAGCGCACGCUUCGUCACCGUCCCCCUGCAGCACCGCAUGGCCAGCGCCAUCAAGUGCCAGUACCACUUCGCCGACGCCUGGCUCAUGUUCAGCGAGGUCACCUUCCAGUCAGACGCCGCCAGGUACAACAUGUCCGGGGCGCUGCCCACCUCGGCCGGGGCGCCCAGCACCUAUGACCCCAUGCUGAAGGCGGACGACAGCAACACGCGGGUGCUCAUCGGCUGCCUGGUGGCCAUCAUCUUCAUCCUGCUGGCCGUCAUCGUCAUCAUCCUGUGGCGGCAGUUCUGGCAGAAGAUGCUGGAGAAGGCGUCCCGCCGCAUGCUGGACGACGAGCUGACCGUCAGCCUGUCGCUGCCCAGCGAGGCCAGCUCCACCCAGCGCCGCUCGCCCGCGGCCAGCGAGCGCGGCUCCACGUCCACCUACGAGCGCAUCUUCCCGCUGCGGCCCGACUACCAGGAGCCAUCGCGGCUCAUCCGCCGGCUGCCCGAGUUCGCGCCCGCCGAGGACGAGGCAGGCGGGGGCAAGCCAGCGCUGCCCGCCGGGCCCGAGGGGGCGCCCCACUACGCCGAGGCCGAUAUCAUCAACCUCCAGGGGGUGACCGGGGGCAACACCUACUCGGUGCCCGCCGUCGCCAUGGACCUGCUGGCCGGCAAGGAGGCGGCGCUGGCUGAGUUCCCCCGCGAGCUGCUGGCCUUCAAAGAGAAGCUGGGCGAGGGCCAGUUCGGGGAGGUCCACCUCUGCGAAGUGGACGGCAUGGACAAGUUCGCGGACAAGGACUUUGCCCUGGACGUCAGUGCCAGCCAGCCCAUGCCUGUGGCCGUGAAGAUGCUGCGGGCGGACGCCAACAAAAACGCCAGGAGCGACUUCCUGAAGGAGAUCAAGAUCAUGGCGCGGCUGAAGGACCCCAACAUCAUCCGGCUGCUGGCCGUGUGCGUGGCCGAGGACCCGCUGUGCAUGGUCACCGAGUACAUGGAGAACGGGGACCUCAACCAGUUCCUGUCGCGCCACGAGCCCCCCGGCCCCGCCUGCAGCUCUGCCACCGUCAGCUACGCUGACCUCAAGUUCAUGGCCACCCAGAUCGCCUCGGGCAUGAAGUACCUGUCGUCCCUCAACUUCGUCCACCGGGACCUGGCCACGCGCAACUGCCUGGUCGGCCGCAACUACACCAUCAAGAUCGCAGACUUCGGCAUGAGCCGGAACCUGUACAGCGGCCACUACUACCGCAUCCAGGGCCGCGCCGUGCUGCCCAUCCGCUGGAUGUCCUGGGAGAGCAUCCUGCUGGGCAAGUUCACCACGGCCAGCGACGUGUGGGCCUUCGGGGUGACCCUGUGGGAGAUGCUGACCUUCUGCCAGGAGCAGCCCUACUCGCAGCUGUCGGACGAGCAGGUCAUCGAGAACACCGGCGAGUUCUUCCGAGACCAGGGCCGCCAGACCUACCUCCCGCAGCCGGCCGUGUGCCCCGACUCGCUGUAUGCGCUCCUGCUCAGCUGUUGGCGGAGGGACGCCCGGCGCCGCCCGUCCUUCCAGGAGCUGCACCUGCUCCUGCGGCAGGAGGGCGCCGAGUGACCCGCCCCGCGCGCCCGCGCUCCCUUACACGCACUUCCGAUUUUUUUACAUUAAAGAACUCAGAAGGAAAAGCAGUCGCGGACUCGGGGCUGCCGCAGGGGUGACGGGCGGGAGCUGGACGCGUGUCCGGGCCGGGCGCUGCAGCGGCGGCGGGCGCGUCCUUCCCCGCACCGGACACCGCGCAGGAGACGGCCUGGAGGACGCGAGGAGCCGCGGCCCGGGCGGCGGGGCCAGCCGGAUUCCCGCCCAUCCAUCCCCGCUUGAACCCGCUUCCCCGUCUCCGUGUGCCCGUGACGGACACCCGUCCAGCUCUGCCCGCGGAAGGCAUCACCUGGCAUCGGUGGAGGCUGAGACCCCCGGCAGGGGAGGCCAGAGGGGGCAGCCCCUCCCGGCUCUCCUGGCCCCCACGGGCCCCGCUGACCCUCAGAGGCCCCAGAGCGGGCAGGCGGGCACCUCCACGGAUCGUGGCUUUUCAGCAGCGCAGACGGCCCCGUCUGGCGUGACCCGCGGCCCAGAAGGACAAUUUCCAGGGCCACAGCAAAGCCCCCCCCCCCGACCCCCUUUCUCUGCUGUGCUGCAUGGGGGCCGCGGCUUCUGGGGCGCGGAGGGCGCCACGCGUCCCCGCGUCCAGCUGCCCUGGAGCCACGAGUGUCGCAAAGUGGGUGGUGCCGCGGCGUGGGUGGCAGAGCCCACGGGAGCGGCUGAAGGGACUCGGA